AUGGCUGCGAGUGAUGAAGUUAAUCUUAUCGAUAGCAGGACAGUGGUACCUCUCAAUACAUGGGUACUAAUCUCCAACUUCAAAUUAGCCUACAACCUCCUCCGUCGACCAGAUGGAACCUUUAACCGACACUUAGCCGAGUUUCUAGACCGGAAAGUCACCGCAAAUGCCAAUCCCGUCGACGGUGUCUUCUCAUUCGACGUCAUCAUCGAUCGGAGGAUCAAUCUCUUAAGCAGAGUCUAUAGACCAGCUUCUCCAGAUCAAGAACAGCCUCCUAGUGUUCUUGAUCUCGAGAAGCCUCUUGACGGAGAAGAGAUCGUCCCUGUGAUACUCUUCUUCCAUGGAGGCAGCUUUGCUCACUCCUCUGCAAACAGCGCCAUUUACGACACUCUCUGUCGCAGGCUUGUUGGUGUGUGCAAAUGCGUCGUCGUCUCUGUGAACUAUCGCCGUGCGCCGGAGAAUCCAUACCCUUGUGCUUAUGAUGAUGGUUGGAUAGCUCUCAAUUGGGUUAACUCGAGAUCUUGGCUUAAAUCCAAGAAAGACUCAAAGGUUCAUAUUUUCUUGGCCGGUGAUAGCUCGGGAGGGAAUAUAGCUCACAACGUGGCUUUAAAGGCGGGAGAGUCUGGUAUCUAUGUUUUGGGGAACAUUCUGCUGAAUCCUAUGUUUGGUGGGAGCGAGAGGACUGAGUCUGAGAAACGUUUGGAUGGGAAGUACUUUGUGACGGUUAGAGACAGAGAUUGGUAUUGGAAAGCGUUUUUGCCUGAGGGAGAAGAUAGAGAGCAUCCUGCGUGUAAUCCGUUUAGCUCGAGAGCGAGGAGCUUGGAAGGGUUGAGUUUUCCCAAGAGUCUUGUGGUUGUGGCUGGUUUGGAUUUGAUUCAAGAUUGGCAAUUGGCUUACGCUGAAGGGCUUAAGAGAGCAGGUCAAGAGGUUAAGCUUAUGCAUUUGGAGAAAGCUACUGUUGGGUUUUACCUCUUGCCUAAUAACAAUCAUUUCCAUAAUGUUAUGGAUGAGAUUUCUGCGUUUGUGAACGCGGAAUGA